AUGACAGCUGCCGUGGUUGAGCCGAUGGCAGAGGAAGCUUCACUGAGCAUCCGUGAAGUAUGGACGGAUGAGAAAGAAUGGCAUACUCUCGAGCUCCAGCCAUCUCUCGCAAAGAUUGUUGCGAAAGUAGCAGGGCGUAUUUUCGUUGGCGAAGAACUGAGCCGGGAUCCAACUUGGCUGAACUCGAUACUAAGCUACACGGGCAAAGACGUGGCAGCCGUCUAUAUCUUAAAGAGAUGGCCCGACUUUGUAGCCCGAUUUGUGCAUUGGUUCUUGCCGUCAUGUCGAAACCUGCGCAGACGCCAGCAGGAGUGCAGGGAAAUCCUCCUCCCCUUCAUUGCCAAAAAACGGGAACAGCGAGCAGGAAAAGGCAUUGACACCAAGAAAAUCCAACUUGACAUCUUGGAUUUCAUAGAAGAAUCGGCUCACCUGGGUGAAGCCUAUGACACUGUAAUUUCGGUGAUCGCCUUCUUCUUCGCGACGAUACCGACGGCGUCAGACCUUAUGACCAAGGUUCUUUUUGAUAUUGUCGAUCAACCCGAUUUGAUUGCAGACCUAAGACAAGAAAUCAUCACACAGGUCAAGAGCCACGGCUGGUCAAGGAAUACUAUCCAUAAUCUCAAGAUUAUGGAUAGCGCCAUCAAGGAAACGCAGAGGCUGCAGCCCGUGAGUCGAAUACUGAUGCGUCGCCUCGCCACUGAACACAUCAAACUAAAAGACGGCACCGUCAUCCGGAAGGGUAACAUCGUCGGCGUCACAAUCCACCAUAUGUGGGACCCCGAGCUAUACCCCAACCCCGAAAAGUAUGACCCAUAUCGGUUCCUCAGAAUGAGAGACACCCCAGGACAGGAACACAUGGCUCAUGCAGUUGCCACGAGCACGGAGCACAUGGGCUUUGGGCACGGCAAUGCUGCAUGUCCGGGGCGAUUCUUUGCCAUUGCGACUGUGAAGGUUGUAUUAUGCCAUAUCCUUUUGAGAUAUGAUUUGAAGGCUGAUGAUAGUGAGAUACCGAGGUCUUUGACGUCCGGGAUCUCGUGUAUUGCGAAUCCGAUGGCUCAAAUUAUGGUGAAAAGGCGGGUGGAAGAGAUCCCACUAUGA